AACUGACAACUUUCAAUGGAGCCCAGAUCAACAAGAGGCUCUGAUCUUCCCCCAGGCUUUAGAUUCCACCCCACCGACGAGGAAUUAAUCGUCCAUUACCUUUGUAACCAAGCCACCUCCAAGCCUUGCCCUGCUUCUAUCAUCCCUGAAGUUGAUAUCUACAAGUUUGAUCCCUGGCAAUUACCUGAGAAGGCAGUGUUUGGGGAGAAUGAGUGGUAUUUCUUUACCCCGAGAGAUAGGAAGUACCCAAAUGGGGUGAGGCCAAACAGGGCCACUGUGUCUGGGUACUGGAAGGCCACUGGCACAGACAAAGCAAUUUACAGUGGGGCCAAGCACAUUGGGGUGAAGAAAGCUCUGGUCUUUUACAAAGGUAGGCCACCAAAAGGUGUCAAGUGCGAUUGGAUCAUGCAUGAGUAUCGUCUCAUUGGUUCGCCAAGACGAUCCAACAAGCAUAUUGGUUCCAUGAGAUUGGAUGACUGGGUGCUGUGUAGGAUUUACAAGAAGAAGAACAUGGCAAAAUCAAUGGACCUAAAGGAGGAAAUGGAGGAAGAAUACCCAAGUUCUGAAACGAACAUGUCAGAAGAAAAUGAUAAGAUCAAUGUUGGCACUGAGCAACAAAUGGUGAAAUUCCCGAGGAAUUGUUCUCUGACUCAUCUUCUGGAAAUGGAUAGUUACUUGGCUCCAAUCUCUCACCUUUUAUCCGAUUCUUCCUACAACUCAACCUUUGAUUAUCAGAUCAAUACUGCUUAUAAUAAUGCUGGGAAUAUAAUAGACCCAUUUGUAAAACCUCAAGUCUUUGAGGUCCCAGAUCAGUACUAUGCAACAUCAUCAUCAACCAGCCAGUACUUGUGAACCAGAUGGGAAUGUUCUGAGAUAAGAAGAUGACCAAUGAUGAAGAAGGAGAUUAGGCUGUUCAGAAAAAGACGAGAAAAUCGUCACUCUAUACCAUAAUCCCAAGAUUCUUUUUCCGGAAAGAUCGAUCACAUUACUCGUAAAAGAGUGGUGGGACUCUUUAGAUUAGUGACGUCUGAUCCGAUAGCUCUGAUGACAUUGUUUAUAUACUAUUUGUACAAAAGAACGACCUUAUUGGCUUGUUUAUUAUAAUUUUAAUUGUACAAAUCUGGAAUUACCUUCCUUUU